AUGACCACAAAACUCCAAAAAUGUCAACCCAUAGCCACCGCAUUAAAUCGCCUCUGCCGCACCCAAUCAGUCCACCACCUCCGCCGUCAAUUUAUACACAACGGCCCGGACACGGUGGAGGAACUCCUUGACCGACACCUAGUCAAAAAAGAUAAAAAGGACUCUGAGGAGAAUGAAUUGCUGACUCGGCAGCGACUCACUAGCAAUCGCCGCGAGGCGCUGAGCCUGUAUCGAGAUAUUAUACGAGCUACCCGCUUCUUCAUGUGGCUGGAUUCUCGAGGUGUCCUCUGGCGCGAUGUAUUGAGAGAGAAUGCUAGAAAGGAGUUCGAAGAGGCCCGUCGGCUCUUGAUAAGCUUGUCGAGAAGCAAAAGCAGCAAAUUGAGAAGGAAAGAAAUGAAUCAAAUCGUAGCUGACGUUUUUUUUGACUUCGGUAGUAGUGUUGUGGAUUAUGAUCUUUGA